AUGGACCCAGUCCUUCAGCAUCCCCCAAAUCCAAAGGACCCGCCAAUCCCGCCAACUGCUCCGGACGCUCCGGACGAUAAUCAGCAGCAGCUACCAGACUGGCCCUCCUCUUCAAAGCGAAAGCUCGACGACACCGACACCGACAACGCUGACCCUCACACAAAAAUCAGGCGCAUCGUCCGUGACCAUGUCUCUCACGACCCCUCUCGUGUCGUGCCAAUGACCACCGUUAUCUGUCUCCAUGCAGCAGUCGCCCAAAAGAGCUAUGGGAACGAGAAGCGUUUUCUCUGCCCACCGCCCGUCGUCCAUAUCGAGGGCCCAGUAUGGCAGAUGCGCUCACAGAACCUCUCCAUGGCCGUCGUCAGCGAGACAGGCGAGCGUAGUUUCGAGCAAAAAGCGCCUCUCGACGCCAAUAUGACUAGCAGCUUCAAGUUUCUUCAUGUCACUGGCAGCGCAAAGGCAAAGAGUUUUCAGCUCUCUCUUGACAUCGCAGAACCCGUUCCAGGCUCGUCAGCGUCGCCAUCUGACUCUGACGGCCCCCCAGGCAGAGUAUGGGCUUCUUUCGACUCGGCCCCAGUCACCAUCAUCUCGAAACCGUCUAAAAAGACCGCAAAGACCCGCAAUAUCAGUUCUUGCAUCCUUGUUGGAGGGCCGGUAUCCCUUUUUAAUCGGAUAAAUUCCCAGACGGUUCGAACAAAGUAUAUGACCAUCGACCACGCCCAGCUCUGUGCGAGCAACCUCGCGUGGUCGGCCUUCAACGUCAAUGUUGUCAGUCGCCCAGCCGACGCUGCCCAUGUAAAUGGCGUUGCCGGUGCACCUACCCCAGUCACCUAUGGCAGCGAAAUCAUUCUCUCAGAUACUCAUUCUGGCAUCAGCACCUCCCCUCUUAUCAUCCGCAAGGUAGAUAAGGGCCGUGUUUCAUCUGAGGACGGCGGUCCAGUCAGCCAGAUGCAAAAGAUUGCCCUCCAGAAGGUGAAUUCAGAUGGCACGAGGCAUUACCUGAGCGCCGCUGGUCCUAUCUCGGGCCCACCAGGUAUUGUGCCUCCUCCUGGGCCCGGCAUGGCUUCGCAGGCCGGCACGCACCCCCUUCUCUUCCAAUCAGCUCGCGUCAGGGACGAAGUCAAAGACGGAGUCCACAUCUUGUCGGACGAAGUCGACGAUUAUCUCUGCUGGACCAUUGUCGGUAUUAGCAAGUUCCAAUAUACGUUCUUUGACGCCCUAGGCCAGAAUAACACCGUCCCAGAGGUCCCCAUCACCCCGUUUCCCACCCUCUUCACCGCACCGGUUUAUCGCACGGAAAAAAACACCGUCGAGCUGACCGUGUCCAAUUUCUUCUACGAGGACCCCAAGGGCAAGGGUGCCGUUCCAUUGGACGUCUACCUAGGGAAUCUAGGUCCAUUGAGGGCUAGAGUGUACCAGCCGAAUCAGCCGGGUGUCCUUACCAGUGUCAGCGGGUUCUCAGACCACACAGGGCCUCAGCCGAGCGAGCAGCCUCAGACUCAAUUCGUCUCUUCGGGGGUGUUGCAUACGAUCGUAAUGGUCGAGAUGCCGCCUCUUGUUGACGUUCUCAAAGCUCUCGAGGAAGACGCUCUUGCGCCGUCCGAGGGAAGUGUCGCGGGUCGUAGCUUACCCCUACUCUUUAUCCGCUCGUGUGACGGUGUUGGCUAUCAUUCAGGUCGAACCAUCACCUGCGAUAACGUCUUUGGAGUAGAUACUGGGUGGAUGGGCGGCAGUGGUAACACACCCGUCGAGGGCUGGACGCUGAGGGUUAUGUGA